AUGUCGUCAGCCGACCCAGCCUUCGGGUCCAACAACCCCUUCCGCCGGAGACCUUCUGGCGACCCCUCGUCGCCGGCUCCUCCCACGACAACCACGAGCGGGUCCGCGCCCAAUGCUGCCCCCGGCGCCAGCGCCAGCUCCGGCUCCAGCUCCAGUUCCAGCUUCCUCGAUGCUGCCUCUGCUGCCCCCAAGUCAUCCCUGCCGCCGCCCUCCACGACCUUCAGGGCAGCCCGGCUCGACGGCGAUGACGACGAGCCAGGGAGAGACGACGGCCGCCUGCAGCCCCAGCCGAAGAAGAUCGUGAAAAAGGUGCGCGUGCAGUCGCCGCCGCCGUCCUCGCCCGAGGACUCCACACCCGUCAGGAGCUACCCGCCCGACGGCUACAGCGACGACGAGAGCAGCAGCGACUCGGGAGACGACGGGGAGCAGGUCGACCCUUUCAAUAGAGUGUCGCCAGCACCGGGCGAGAGUAUCCUGGACGACGAACCGCCGUUGCCCCGGGUCCCUCCCAACCCGUUCUCCAAGACAUUGCAGGACCUGGAACAUAAUCCCUCGGGCCAAGACGAACAAGCAGCGGCGGGAGCCAAGGCUUUGGAUGUGGACUCGUUCAAGAGGCUCCUGCUGACGGGAUACGCAAACAUACCCGGCCCCCCGGGAGGGCAAGGAGGAGCAGGAGCAACAGGAAGCCCCGGGUCACUACACACGGCAGCGCAAGACGGGGCCAGCAACACAGAUGCAAGCUCCGUAUCCCGCCAGUCUAUAUUCGAUGCUAUCCAGGAUACACCGCGUACGUCUCACGAUAUAUCGGAGCCAGAAGAGACCGAAGAGCGCCGCACGGUCCUGCCCUCGUCACCCUUGGCCAAUGUUCACACGACGUCCGGCCGGAAGCCUCCGCCCCCGCCGAGCUCCAGGCACGGGAAGCUGAUCAAGAUUGAACUUGGUGCGGAUGGAAAAGCCGCCCAUUCUACUCAGGAAGCCGUACAGUCCAUCUCCAUCGACACCUCUUUGCCUACUGCUCCGGGCCGCAAGCCUAGCGUACAUUCACUGUCCUCCCGGCCUUCAAGUUCCGACAUCAACAAACCACUCCCCAUGCCUCCGUCCCGGACACCGGCCGAAGAAGAUAUUGACUCGCCAUUCGAUAAAGAAGCAGCUGGCAAGCUUCCCGAGCCCUUUGCCGAGCUGUCCGCGAAUCCGCGUCCACCGACGCCUCCUGCCGGCACCACACGUGCCCGGAGCGAAUCACAAACCAGUAUACAGACUACUUCCAGCGCGCAUCGUAAGCCGGCGGCACCUCCGCCACGUCGACCGGGACACAACCGGGUGGACAGCAAGCCACCCUCGAUAUACUCCAAUGCGGCUGAAGAGGAUCCUCCCCGAAGCUCACUGGAAUCUAAUCGUUCGCGUGCCGAUAGUAUCCGCGUCAAUAUCAGCUCGGACAAAAACCUGGCAGCUCCGGUGCCGCCACCUCCUAGGCGACCAAACCAUGCCAGACAGGCGAGUUCAUUUACGAGUCCUACCGGCACCAACUUCGCGGCCGUUUCAAGUCCAGGGAUCGGUGAUGAGAACAGGUCGCCAGCAGCCGUGGGACCCGUCAAUUUGGACUACAAGAGUCUUGGAUCUGCACCGACAGUUUCACAUAGCAAGGACGGCUUACCAAAAUUAUCUCCUCCGCCCCCGCCCCCAGCACGACACUCUAGCACCAGAAGACCAGCCAGCCGCAAUGGUGGGGAAGCAGGAACUCCAACAACACGGAAGGUCAGUCGGGACAAGGAAGGCGGGAUAGCGCCGCCACCGCCGCCACCGAGGGCUAGGGGGAGCAGCAAGGGAAGCAUGAGUGGUGGUGGGGAGGGGGGAUCCGUGUCCGGUCGAUACAGGGCAGCAAGCGAAGUCGAGAGGGUUGCAGAGGAGUCAGCAGUCCCAGAGGACGAGGGCCUCGAACCGGAACCCACCAACGACAUAAUGGAGCAGAUCAAAGCGCUCCAGCAAGAGGUAGAAGCUGCUCGGAAAGCAUCCGGCUAA